AAUCAGAAUAUUUUAAUACGUCAGAUGAAUCUGAAGAAGAAAAAAAGAAUGAUGAGAAAAUAAAAAAAAGGAAGAAAAAAUGUAAAAAACAUAAAAUUAAAAGAGGAAAAUUAAGAGAGUUAUCCAAGAAAAAAAGAAAGUCUUAUUAUAAUGGAAAAAAUAAAAAAAAUGCAUCAAAAUCUGCGAAAUAUAAUAUAAAUCUAAAGAAGAAUUUAAAUAAUAACAAUGAUUUAGAAUAUAAGAAUUGUAAUAUAUAUAACGAUAACUAUAUUUGUGAAAAUAUCAUUUCAGAAAAUGAGACAAAUGAACCUUAUGGAUAUUAUGAAGAAAUUGAUUAUAUUGAUGAUGAAUUAUAUUAUGAUGAAAUAUGUAACGAAGAGAUUCAAUUAUUAAAUGGAAAUCCAAAUGAUGAAGGAAUAUAUUAUGAAAAUUAUUUGGGAAGUGAAGAAGAAUAUGAUUAUGCAAUUGAAAACCUACCUCAUUUGGGAAUAGAAAUAAUUGAAGAAGAAUUUAAAGGAAAGGAUGAGGACUUAAAUGAAGAAAAUAUUGAUUACAAUAAAGAAAGAAUUACAGAAAAUAUUUAUCAUGGUCUUGAAGUAAUUGAAGAAGGAAUUAAAGAAAGAAUGGAAGAUAUAAUUGUUGAUGGAAGUGAAAUAGAAAAUGAAGAACAUCUUGAAUAUGAUAUUGAUGAUAUAAAGGAAAGAAUGUUUGGAGGGAAUCAAAAUAAUAUUACAAGGUUAUUUGAAAAAAUACAAAAACACAUGAAAUAUGACAGUGAUGAAAGUGAAGAAUUAAGUGAGUUAGAAAACAAUGAAAGAAUAAGAGAAAAAAUUGUAUAUGGUAGGGAAAAUGUUGAAUAUGUAAGCGAAGAAAGUAGUGAUGUAGAAAGCAAUACAGAAAUUGAAGAAAGAAAUGGAUAUAGUAGCGAAGAUAUUUCAUGUGUAUCUGAAGAAGUUAGUGAUUCAGAUUUAGAAGAAAAUAUGGAAGAAGGAAUAGAAGAUGGACUUAUAGGAAUAAUUCAGAAUAUAUUUCAAGGAAAUGAUAAGCAAAAGAAAGAUGAAAAAGAAAUUAAUAUAGAAACACAAAAUGUAUAUAAUUGGAAAUCAGGAAAAAAAGCUUUAGCAAAGUUGUUAAGUAAUUCUAAUAAUUUGAGUGUAAAUAACAUAAAAUAUUCUGAAUGGAAUUUCGAACGUAUACCAACCUUAGGUUUUUGUAAAGAAGAUGAUAGAGUUCAAGAAAUGUUUAAAGCUUCAAUUAUGGGAAAUAAUGAUGAUUCUACAAGAGAAGUAAAAUUUUUUAUUAAAAAGAUACGAAUUGAUGUAUGGUUAAAACAAUAUCAAUUGAUGAAUGAAUAUGAUGGGGAGUAUUUAUUAGAUGGAGAAAAUUUUGUGAUGGAAGCAGUAGCAUCAGCAUAUUUAAGUGAGCAUUACCCAGGAUUAAUACCUAAAUUACAUAAUGUGGUAUUUGAACCUGUUAACCAUAACAAUAAUAAUGAUGAAACAAAUAAUAUUGAUAAUGAAAAAAAUAAUAAAAAAUAUAGUAAUGAUAGUAAAUAUGAAGAAGAUUAUUAUGAUGAUAUGGGCUAUCAUACAGGUGAUGAAAAUGAUACAUGUGAAGAUUACUAUGAUUCUGAUAGUUUUUAUACAAUUGAUGGCUAUGAUCAUUUACAUAAAUUCAAUGAUAUGUUAAGGAAACAACUAGAUAAUAAUAAGAAAGGAUAUGUUGUCUUGGUUUCUGAAUUAUAUGGUCAAGACCUUUUUCAAUAUAUUAAUAAUAGAAAUGAAAAUGAAGAGGCUAUCGUAAAUGAUGAAGAAAAAAAAAAAAUUAUGAAUGAAUGUUUGAAAUUAUUAAUAAAAUUACAUAAUGCGGGAUUAGCACAUCUUGAUAUAUCUCCAGAAAAUAUUUUAAUAACAAAUAAUUUUGAAUUACGUUUAUGUGAUUUAGCUAAAAGUGCUCCAAUUUAUACUUGCAAUUUGAGACAUAUUAAAGGUGAGGAAAAAAAGUCUUUUUUAUUCCAAUCAUAUCAGCCGUGUGUUGGAAAAUUAACAUGUAUGCCAAAAGAAUGUUGGGAUAUUGUUAAAGAAUAUAUACGAUUAAAAAUAAAAAAUCCUCUAGAAUAUUUAAAAUCCAUUAAAGAUCAAGAAGAAAGGAAAAAGUUUUAUUUUGAUGUAUUAUGCGCAGAUAAAUAUAUGCUUGGAAUAUUAUAUAUAUGGAUAUGGAAUAAUAAUUAUAUAUGGAAAAGAGCUGACCCAUCAAAAGAUAAAAUAUUUAAUCAUUUAUUAAAUUAUAAUAUGGAUAUAAAUGCAUUUGAGUUAGCAGAAGAAUGGCCAAAUGGUCUAAAAAACAUAAUCAAUAAAUUGUUAGAUUUAGAAUCUAGAAUGAAAAUAAAACUGGAUGAUCUGGUUAGGCAUCCUUGGUGGUUUUAUGAUGAAUAA